CAACUAUCCUAUUCAAUCAUAUCUCAACAAACCCAUUUUCUCUCAAUUUUUCUUCCCUUCCCCAAGAUGGCUGAUGCAGCGGUUGUUGAUGUGCCCAAGAAAUCAAGAAACAACGGAAGGAAAGCCCUGAAACAGAAAAACCCAUCAACAAAUGAAGCCAAUAUCUUGGCACAAAAGCUCUCGCAGGCUUCCCCAACUCCAGUUGCUUCUCCAAUGGAAGCCGAUCCGUCAAAAGAGAACCAAGAGGGGCUCUCUCAGCCUCUCACGUCCCCCAAGAAAGGGAAGGUUGCAGCGAGAGGGAAACAGGGCAAGCAGCAGCAGCAGUCUUUCGAGAAAGACUUGCAGGAAAUGCAAGGGAUGCUGCAGAAGUUGAGGAUCGAGAAGGAGAAGACUGAGGUGUUAUUGAAGGAGAAAGAUGAGAUGCUGAAGAUGAAGGAGGAGGAGCUUGAGACCAAGGGAAAAGAACAAGAGAAAUUGCAGAUGGAGUUUAAGAAAUUACAGAAGAUGAAGGAGUUCAAGCCCACCAUGACUUUCCCAAUUGCUCAAUCUUUGAAAGACAAGGAACAGGACAAGAAAGAGAAGAAGAAGGGAGGUCCUGAAAAGAAAAGACCAUCUCCGCCUUAUAUCUUAUGGUGCAAAGAUCAAUGGAACGAGGUCAAGAAAGAGAAUCCAGAGGCAGAUUUCAAAGAGGUUUCCAAUAUUUUGGGGGCGAAAUGGAAGACCAUUACUGCUGAAGAGAAGAAGCCUUAUGAAGAGAAAUAUCACGCAGAAAAGGAGGCCUAUUUGCAGGUGAUUGCAAAAGAGAAACGCGAGUGCGAAGCCAUGAAGCUCUUGGAAGAUGAGCAUAAGCAGAAGACUGCUAUGGAGUUACUUGAACAGUACUUGCAGUUCAGACAGGAAGCAGAGAAGGAGACCAAGAAGACCAAGAAAGAAAGGGAUCCAUUGAAGCCAAAGCAACCGAUGUCAGCAUUUUUCUUGUUCUCAAAUGAGAGGAGGGCAGCUCUUCUUGCAGAGAACAAGAACGUCUUGGAGGUUGCAAAAAUCACUGGCGAAGAAUGGAAGAACAUGACCGAAGAACAAAGAGGACCUUAUGAGGAGAUGGCGAAGAAGAUGAAGGAGAAAUACAUGCAGGAAAUGGAGGUUUACAAGCACAAAAAGGAGGAAGAAGCUCUGAGUCUUAGAAAGGAAGAGGAGGAGAUGAUGAAACUUCAGAAACAAGAAGCUCUUCAACUGCUUAAGAAGAAAGAGAAGACGGAAAAUAUCAUUAAGAAGACCAAAGAGAAACGCCAGAAGAAGAAGCAGCAGAGCUCUGACCCGAACAGACCCAAGAAGCCUGCUUCUUCAUUCCUUUUGUUCAGUAAGGAAGCAAGGAAAACCCUGAUGCAAGAGCGACCAGGAAUCAACAAUGCUACUCUUAAUGCACUGAUUUCAGUGAAAUGGAAGGAAAUUAGUGAGGAAGAGAAGAAUGUUUGGAAUGCCAAAGCUGCUGAAGCCAUGGAAGCAUACAAGAAAGAUUUGGAGGAAUACAACAAAUCUGUUGCAGAAGCUGCGGAGACCAAGCAGCAGCAACAGUGAACGCUGACAUCGCUCUAUUGAUGUUUUGUUGAUGUUCAAGUAUUUGUUGAACAUAAGUCCGUUAGAUAGCUUGGGCUUUUAGAGCUGUUCAACUAGGAUCAGAUUGUUUCACAUUUUGAUUUACUUUUCUGACUGUAAUUUUAUGAUUCAAACUCUAAUCCAACGUUCUCUGGUUGAUGUCCA